AAUCCAGGAAGCGGUAAGCGCUCAAAGGUACAACGUGAAUGUCAACUCUUCAAAAUUGACAACCCAGAAUGUAGAAAAAAACAAAUGAAGCCUUUAUUAAAGUAAUGCGUUUUUGUAUUUGCCAAAUCGAAACAGGUUCAUCGAUUAAGUCGCUAUAAUCGCAGUAGUAGACAAGCUAACUUGCUAUAAUGUUACCAGCUAAGGUGCGUGCAUCUGUGUGUGGAGCAUCGAGAAGAAUACUGAAUAGUUUUAGAUUUUACUGCCAGAAAACAACCAGAAAACAACGAAUAUGCGAAGCAAUUUCCAGCGUGGAAGUUGGAGCACACAUUACUGUCCAGGGAUGGGUUCGUUCUGUCAGACUACAGAAGGAUAACUUGUUCCUUCACGUGAAUGAUGGCAGCUCAUUGCAGUCCCUACAGAUUGUGGCCAGCUCAGAUCUGAAUGACAGACUGCUCACAUUUGGAAGCGCUGUGGAAGUAUCUGGAAAUCUUGUCAAGAGUCCCAGUAGAAAACAAGAUGUGGAACUUCAAGCAGACCAAAUACAUGUAGUGGGAGAAUGCAACCCUGUUGACUUUCCCUUCAAAAUUAAGGAGAGGCAUAGCCUUGAGUACUUAAGGCAAUUUCCUCAUCUGAGAUGUAGAACUAAUGUAUUCAGCUCCUUACUGAGAAUACGCAGUGAGGCUACAGCAGCCAUCCAGUCAUACUUCAAGGAAAAUGGAUUCAUCCAGAUUCAUACCCCAGUUAUCAGUUCAAAUGAUUGUGAAGGAGCAGGGGAGCUUUUCCAGGUUGAGCCUUCAGGCCAGGGAACAGACCAAGAUAAAGAAAACCCACACUUCUUCUCAGUCCCUGCUUACUUGACUGUCUCUGGACAACUACACUUGGAGGUGAUGUCUGGGGCUUUCCCCAGAGUUUACACAUUUGGGCCGACUUUCCGAGCAGAGAACUCUCAGAGCAGACGUCACCUGGCUGAGUUCUACAUGGUGGAGGCUGAGAUCUCAUUCACAAAAUCUUUAGCGGACCUCAUGAAGGUCAUGGAGGACAUGUUCAGGUCUACUACAGAACAUCUCUUAGCACAUUGUGCUGAUGAUGUGGAAUUAUUUCACAAACACGUGGCACCUGGACAGAGGGACAUUGUGGAUCUUAUGUUAAAGAAGAAGUUCAAUGUGAUCACAUACUCUGAGGCCAUAGACAUCCUGAACCACAGCUCACAAACGUUUUCUUUCAAUACAGAUUGGGGUUGUGACCUUCAGACGGAACAUGAAAAGUACCUGGUGAAACAUUGUGGCAGCUUACCUCUCUUUGUCACCGAUUACCCCUAUGAGCUAAAACCUUUUUAUGCAAGAGACAACCAGGACCAUCCUGAACACACAGCAGCAGCAGUGGACCUCCUUGUACCAGGAGUUGGAGAGCUGUGUGGGGGCUCCCUAAGAGAAGACAGGCUUGAGCUCCUUAGGACUCGUCUGGCGCAGGCUGGAUUGGAAGAAACAUACAGAUGGUAUUUGGAUCUGAGGCGGUUUGGGUCUGUCGCCCAUGGUGGGUUUGGAAUGGGAUUUGAGCGAUACUUGCAGUGUGUACUAGGUGUUGACAAUAUCAAAGACGUUAUUCCAUUUCCAAGGUUUUCCCACUCUUGCCUUCUGUAAACUGCAGGAUGUUUUGUCUGUUAUUGCAUUGUUUUCUUGAGUAUUGAGUAAAGGCAAACCAUUGGAAUUUG